AUGCCUCCUCGUCCUCGUCCUCCACCACAAAAUCUCAGCCUCAGCAUAACCAACCCCCUAGUCCUCUACCGCGCACUCAUAGCAACCAAGAAAAUCAAGCCCGACCCGGCCCAACACCGCCUCGCACUCCAACUUCAGAAACUAUAUUUCCGUCUCAAGGACUACUCGCCGGAGAUUGAGUACCGGUAUCGGUUGGAGAAGAUUGGACGACGGCAUCGGGGACCUAAUCCUACCACUACCAAAGCCACUACCGCCGACCCUGGUAAUAACGAUGGCGCCGAGCAGAGGGGACGAUCUCAGUCUCCUACCACUGAUCGGGGGAUUCUGUCGUCCCUUUUACCAUUUUCCAAAAGUCCAUCCUCAACUCUCGCACUAAUCCGCACAACACCCCUGCACAACUCCGCCCUAUCAAUCGACUCGCCUCAAGGAAUGCUCUUAUACGGCGAAGUUGGACGAGGUAAAUCCAUGCUUUUAGACCUUUUGUAUACGUCGUUACCGUCGCGCAAGAAACGACGCUGGCACUUUAAUACGUUCAUGUUGGAUCUGUUUCGGCGGAUUGAGAUGGCGAGACGGGAGAGAAUUGAAGAUGAGGAGUUUGCCGGAUUCAGACAGAGCUUGUUUGGUGGAAGAAGUGGUGACCACAACGAACAUGUCGUGCUCAGUCUGGCAAAGGAGACGAUUUCCGAAAGUCCGAUUCUGUUCCUGGAUGAAUUUCAAAUGCCGGAUCGCACGGCGUCGAAGCUGAUCAAUGGGUUUUUUACGGCGUUUUUCCAUCUGGGUGGGGUGUUGGUUGCGAGUUCGAAUCGCAUGCCGGAGGAGUUGAGUAAGGCUGCGGGAAUCGAGUUUGGUGGGAGACACCACAAAAUGGGAGGCAUGGGGUUUGGUGGUGGCUUUUGGGGACUCGGAUGGGGACUCAGCCGAAGCAGCGAGGGUGAACGCGCGGCAAAGACGGAUUUUGGGUUGUUUUUGGAAGUUCUGAAGGCGAGAUGUGAGGUUUGGGAAAUGGAGGGCGAGAAAGAUUGGAGAAGAGAAGAAGAUCAGGACAACUUGGAACUGGCCACCACAGAUGCUAUGGAAGACCAUGAGAUGCCGACAGUUGAAAAGCCUUUGCUGUCCACAUCAACUUCAGCAGAGGGUGCCGUGGCCACACACGUUCCUCAAGAGUCAGCUGCGGAUUCACCACCCCAUUAUCACAUCAAGAUCCCGUCGACCGAAGAACCGGAGUCAUCAUCAGCUUUGAGUCAAUUCGAAUCCGACAUCCACGCCCUCAACCCAUCAGGAACAUGGCAUCCCACCACCCUCACAGUCUACGCACGUCCACUCCGCCUCGAAACCACAUACAACAAAAUCCUCAAGGCGUCCUUUUCCGAUCUGUGCGCCACAUACCUCGGUCCAGCAGACUAUGUGACGCUCUGCUCGACUUUCCAUACGCUGAUAAUUACGGACGUGCCUGUAUUGACGCUGGCGCAAAAGAACGAGGCGAGACGCUUCAUUACGCUCCUCGAUGCGCUUUAUGAGAGUAAAUGUCGAUUGGUGAUUGAGGCGGCCGCCCCGCCUGAUAAGUUGUUUUUUCCGGAGACAAACAAAAAAACUCUAAGACGGACGGCGGCUGCUCCGGGGACACUUGGCGCUGGGCCUGGAGUUGGUGUCAGUACUGCCAGUGCUGACCGACAUGGACACGAUCGGGAGGGGCCGACUACUUCUUCUCCUUGGAGUUCCGAUAACGACCACGGCUUUGAUUCUUCUGAUUUGGAAUCUGAUUCAAUUACGUCUGAAUCCUUCUCCGAAAUAUAUCAGGACUCGAUCGCCCCAUUUCGACCGAAUGUGUCUUCGUAUACGGAGAGCAGCAGCAACAAGUACGAAGAAGGCGCCAGUGUUAUGCCACCACCAUCGUUUACUCCGUCCCUGAGAAAUCCUACGCUUCGUUCCGUUCUCGCCGACGAAGACGCCGAUUUCGGUCCGACAUAUGGAAAUGGACGGGGCCAUGGGAUUUCGAAUUCUUCUACAGCAAAUUCCCGUUUCGGACAAUCCCCAAGUGCAGAUUUCAGACCAGAUUUCACAUCCACGUCCGCUCUGACCGGUGAAGACGAACGAUUCGCGUAUAAGAGGGCGAGAAGCCGGUUGUGGGAAAUGUGCGGUCGACGAUGGUGGGAUGAGAGGUUGCCUGAAACCAGAACGAAAGCGGCAACGGCAGCGGAAUCGGAAAAGUUCCAAAACCUGGAUGAUGACGAUCAAGAUGGCUAUAUGCGAUGGUGGCGCCCCGUGGCUCGCCACGGACGGUUCUGGGAGCGAUUCGACGAUAACAACGAUGAAAACAAGAGCAAUGAGGCUGCUUACGGAGAUGAAGAAGCUGAUGCUCGGUCAGAGUCAACGACAAGAGGUAUCUUUUCCUCCACCUCCACUUUUGAAGACAGCUAUCCGCAGAGUAAAGGUAGCAGUGGAAGCGACCCAUUUUCCACCUCGAGCUCCUCAUCACCAUACCGCAACAGAACCCAAGAAUCUCCGCCCACAUUCGCAGGGUAUCACGCCUGGGGAAUGAUGAAAUGGGGCAAUAAGGCGGGCGACUGGGGAAAGGGCGUGGACGCAGACAGGAUCAAGAAAAGGGGUAUAAAUAACGACAACUGGAACGAUGAGAACAACUACAAGAACAGCAGCAGUCAAUGA